UCAUUACACUAUUGUCAAGAUGACAGUUUGACAAACAAAUGCAGGCAAUCUUCUUGAUUCCCCGAUUUUGUGACGAGUGAAAAACGAAAUUAUUCAAUAGUUUUGGUUUAGUACUUUCACAAGCGAUGUGAUUAAUUAAAGGUGUCCUUUCAUCUCCGUUUUAGUAUAGGUACCGCAUUAAAAAGCCUUCAAAAUGAGAUUGUUAAAUAUUUUGGGUUCCAGUGUGUUUCAAAUUCUUUCGAUUGUGUUUGUUUUGAGUUAUCUUCUCGGUGUUUUGAACUUGUAUUUUAGUGACAAAAAUAAUUACUGUAUUAUGACUUACAUGUUUGAGUAUCCACAAUUUGUGCGAAUGACCGUUCCGGAGAAUAAGAUUUAUCCGCAAUAUGCAUUAUACGCUUAUAGUGAAGGAAGAUUUACUGAGAGAGCCAGAAAAAUGUGGUUUGAUGGGGUCCCAGUCUUGUUUCUACCUGGGAACUCUGGCAGCCAUAUGCAAGUCAGAUCACUAGCAUCUGUGGCACUAAGGAAGGCUCUUGCAAAAGGAUACCAACACCAUUUCGAUUUCUUUACAAUUAGCUACAAUGAAGAGCUAUCAGGUCUAUAUGGUGGGGUGCUUGAGGACCAAACCAAGUUUGCAGCAGCUUGCAUUACUAAGAUCUUGAGCUUAUACAAGAGUAACCGGUACACUAAAGCUGUACCAACAUCAGUUAUACUCAUUGGACAUUCUAUGGGUGGAAUUAUAGCCAAGCGAUUAUUGGCCUACCCAAACACAUUCAACGCAACAUCACUAGCCAUAACAUUGGCAGCGCCAUUGGAAGCUCCUGUAGUUAAUGUGGAUUCUGCCAUGGAUAAUUAUUACAUGUUUAUGGACUUAGAGUGGAAAUACAACAUUAAUGAACAAAUUGAAGCUAAGGAACAGAAGAUGUUGAUCAGUUUCGGAAAUGGACCUCGAGAUGUUUUGAUGCCAUCUGGUUUGACUCACUCAAAUGAUAGUUAUAUAAAUGCUUUGACUACAGCAAUCCCAGGAGUAUGGACAUCACCAGACCAUGUGUGUAUAGUUUGGUGCAAACAACUUGUGAUGGUAAUAAACAGAUACUUAUUCUCUAUUGUCGACCCUCACACGCAACAACUGAAUGAAGAUCAUCAAGUAUUGAAGUUACAAGCUCGGCGAUAUUUCCAGGCUAAUCGCUCAAUGAUUUUGAGCCCAGAUAUUCCUCGCGCAAAUAUGACUAUGGUUGCUGAUGCGUUCUGGUAUGAGGAUAAUAGAAGAAUCUAUCAAAUAUCGAGACCGCAGAUAGACAAGAUGACUUACCUAAUGAUCCGGCUGGUUGCCUUCCCACAAAAUAGAUUUGUGGCCGUAGAGGCAGUCAAUCUCGAAGACAGCGAGUGGAUAUUUGGAUGCAACGCAAAAUUCACCUACUUCUCAUAUAGAUACUGUAAAAACGCGAUAUCUUUGGGUGAAUUGAGCCGUUGGACGGGCGCCGCCGCUGACUUUGGCAAACGUAAACUAGCUACGAUAAACUUACAUAAAAUUAAAGAAGAGUAUCCUGAUUGGACGCACGUUAUCGUCAAAGUGUCGCCUACUAGGAAACCCAUAGUCCUAAACGUCGAUAUAAACGACCAUGCGUCACGGCAGAUUAAAGUGAACGUACUGUCAGAACUGUUCUUUGGAAAGUACGUUAUAGUAGAAGAGACGGAGCCAGACAGUUUGUACUACGAAUUGGUAUUGAAAGACUUCAAUCUAAUACACCAGGCUUAUCUACUACAUGUCGAACCCACAGCCGGUUGUAAAGCGACGCAGUACCACGUAUCGGCCGAGUUACAUGUACCGUGGGCGCCGAACCAUGAAAACUAUCAUUAUUUUACCCACAUGAAACAAUCGCCGAUGAAGUUGAGGUUGUACAGAAGUAGCCCCAACGCGACACAAGGUCUUCAAACUAUAGAGCAUGCCAAAGUAACGUUACUGCUGGACCCACAGUGUACUUACACCAUAAGCUUAUCAACAUCUUGGUACCUCAGACUCGCACAGUAUGCUCGCAACUAUAGUCCAGUGCUGGUUCCCUAUGCUGUAGCCGUUUUACUUCUGGCUGUGAGAAGCAACAUACUGCACUUACAGAAAUAUGGAUACUGUAUGUCAUUGCAUAGCGCUUUAAUGAGUGAAGGCGUCAAACCGUAUUAUGCGCUUGUGUUCUGCAGACUUGGUGCUACGGUUUUCUUAGCCAUACCCUUUAUGUCGUUCCUGUUCGAGAGCGCAAGUUGGGAGAACCCGGAGUUGCGAUACUUCAUAAAGUCCCUACUGGUGUUGCCCACGUAUAUGACAGCGCUGGGCAUUGUCAACAUCAUGGUGACAGUCUUACUCGCGUCUUUGGUCUUCUCUUCGCAGAUUGCACAUAGAUUGUUGUUUAGAAUAAUGUGGCGAGGUGGAAGUGGUCUAGCGGAGAAGGUGGCAUCAGGUCUACAGAAAGUACCGAUGGUGGUCAGCGCAGGAUUGCUCUGUGCCGUACCAUUGUCAUGUGGAGCUGCGUCUCUCGUCGCCGGCGCAGCCUUCUAUGCAUUUAUGCUAUCAAAAAUGUACGAGGAGUACUUAGAAGACUACGUAUACAAACUAAUGGCGAAAGUGGGCUCAAGAAUUUGCUAUAUGUUUAAAAAGAAAAAACCUGAACCUAAACUAAAUGUAAAUGAAUCUGAAACUAGUCUUGUAAAACAAACAAAGGUACACGAAUCUGAAACUAGUCUUGUAAAAGCGGAAUUACCUACUGGCGAUGGACAAGGGGACGGGAAUAAUGAAACGGAUGUGACGUCAGAGAACACGUGUCCAGCGUCCGUGGAUGAUAAGCAAGAGAAGCCUUCAGAUGUGGACGAGGAUCUCAGUUCUUUGAACUUCCACAUGAUGAUGUUUUGUUUGUGGCUGGCUGUGACUCUAAUCAAUGUGCCCGCUUUGCUCACGUGGGCUAGGAAUUUUUCACACAGCAUGGUACUGAAGCCUGAUACGUCGUAUAACGUUGGUUUAAUCAUGUCAGCCUGCUCUACCUGCGUGUGGCAGAUGAAUGGACCUAGAAAGAAUUUGAGACACUACGAGUCUGUGACGGCUCUACUGUUUUCGAUGGCUGUAUUUCUAAUAGCUUUGGGCCCACUCACUCUAAGUCUUGUCAACUACGGUAUAGCACUUAUUUUCGCUGUGAUAACUGUACAGCAGGUCUGGGAUAAAGAAGAUAUUGUACCAAAUAGCGACGACAAAAAUGUACCAAAGAGCGAUGAAAAAAGCGAAAAUGAAGAAAAGGAAAAAGACACAGAAAAGGCGAAUAAUCAGAAUGAAUCUGAUGAGAAGACUCAAGAGGAUAAAUGUGAAGAGAAUGUCAGUGAUAAAACCAGUGAGAGUUCUGAAAUGGAAGACGCCGUCGAGAAUUGCGACCCAUGCAGCGAAAGUACUAUAUUCAACGUAUUCAAACGGCUUAGAGACAAAAUGACUUACACAGAAAACUUAUAAAAUGGAUACCAUACCUUUCCCUAUACAUUGCGGAAAUUUUUAAAGUUGCGUAGACAUACCGUGAGUACUAUAAAAUCUCUCGAGUAGUAUGAUAGUGUAGGUAUGUUACAAUGUUCUUUGAUUAGAAUAUUUACCUCGAAUUACUAUCUAUUGAACAUUUUUUUUUAUUUAUGAACGUAAUGUGGGUCUACAAAAGGCCUUUUUUUUGGUCAGACGAUGAUCAAAGUGGGAAGAGGUAGAUGUCUAUAGAAAAAGACUGGCAAAAUGGUGCAAUGUGAAGGAGACUUUCACUCAACUGUGAGUAGAUUAAAGUGAGAAGAUGAGGGUCUUAAUUUCCAGUGAAUAUUUUUUGAUGUGUUUGGAAGUUUUAAUUAUACAUUUAUUUAUUAAAAAAAGAAAUUAUUUUUUUAAUUCGUCUGUAGAUGUUGCGUAAAAUGUCCUCCGAAUUUUUAGUGGAACACAUUUUAAGGAUUUUAAACUCACAUAGUAUACUGUAGUAUAUCCACUGUUAGAAUAACAGUUUUCUUCUAUAUUUAUUGCAAAGCUAAAUUGCACUUACAGGCUUUUUAAAUAAAUCACAAUUUCCAUCUUCAUGUUACCUAUCCCUAUUAGAGGAUAAAUGAGAUUACAUAUUAUAAUAUUGGAAUUUAAGUAUGUUCCUAUGUCUAUCUGUUACAAAUGUUACAUGUAGAAGUUAUUGUAAUAUCAAUGUUACAUUUUAACAAAAGAAGUAUUUUGAUGUUAAAGUCUCGUAUACACUAGACCAUAUAUUGAGUACCAUAAAACGGGGUAAAUAAAUGCAGAAGAGGGGUGAAUAAAUGUUGGGAAAAUGUUCUAACAUUCCUCAUUUCUGUGUCUAUUCACCCCGUUUUACCACUAUCCCGUAUUGCAUCUCAAAUAUUGCCUAGUGAACACGAGGCUUAAGGCACUAGAAGUUUUAAUGUUAUAAAGUACAUAGUAGGUGUUUAAAUAAUGGUUCUAGUGCCUUAUCUGUAGUUAGCCAAGUUUAUAGAUCUCUAUUCUACUAUAUAGGAUGAACAAAUUCAUUUAUCUCAUAUCAAUUCAAUAUAAGUAGAAGGUUACUUUUACUGGGACUCAUAGUCAUGAGUGAAUAGCUAUUCGAACCUAAGCUCAUGACUAUAAGGUCCAGUUUGGCUUAAAUUUUAUGAACUGUUAGUAUGAAUAACACAGUUAGUAUGAAUGUUUUACUCAUACAGUUUACAUAAUACCAUAUUAUCUCUAUAUAUAAAUAUCAAUUGCUGUUUGUUAGUCUCGCUAAAACUCAAGAUCGGCCGGACCGAUUUGGGUAAUAUUAGUCUUGAAUUAUUUGCAGAAAGAAGUCCAGAGAAGGUUUAAAAGGUGAGAACAAAAUGUUGGAGUGUGGUACGAAGUUUGCCGGGUCAGCUAGUUGCAAAUAAUUUUGUCUGCCUCACAAUACUUAAUAUACAUACAUACAUACAUACCGGAUGAUAUUGUCUCCUUUAGUACUGCUAUAUCAAACAAUUCAAGAAUCUGUUAUAUUACUAAUGUAGAAAGAUUGAUGAUUUAUGUAAUUUAAACAGUGUGUACUUUUAAUGAAGCAAUAAUGUAAGUGAAGCUCAAAUUUUUGUUUUUUAUUUGUAUACAUAGUAAAUUAUGUAGUACCCUAUGAGAGUGUAUGUUGUGAAUGAUAGUUUAAAAAGAAAUUCAGUGUUAUUAUUUUUAUAUUAUAAUCUUUCAAAUAUUCCAUAUUUACAAAAACGUAAUCAUAUUAAUAUGGUUUUAAUGAAUAGCAUUAUUUUAGACAUUUUCUGCAGUAUAAAUAAAUUAUUGUACUCAAGACAUCACAUAUCUAGUAGGUACUUUCAAUGUUGAUUUACCUGCAAUAUUAUUAAUAAAUGAUUGUAUCUAUGUAGAUGGUGCUAUGUAUUUGAAACUAGAGAGAUAUAUAGAACAUGUUUGUGAACAUUAUUAUGAUCAAUUAAAAUUCAGUAUAGCUCUUGAAAUAA